GAGUUGAAGACCCAUCGGAUUCCAGUCAGUGUCAGACCUCUACCGCCAGUAUCGCUGACUGUAAAGACAAAUAUCCCGCCGUGUCGGACCCAUCGCAUUUCUACUUUGCAUUUUGGUCAUGUAAGACUCCUUCUGUUGAGACGGUGGAUGUAGAUAACGGGACAACAAAUUCAGACAUCGUGGUGACUGGAGUAGGGUUUUCAACGAUUAACUGUCGGAAUGAAAUCACAUUUGGCGAUUACUCAUGUUCAGCUACGUCAAGUUUCAAAUCAAAUGCUACUUGCAGGAUCGACAUAUCAAAUAGCCCGGAAAUAGGGCGCCCGGGGAUGAUUCAGUUUCGUGUUAACAAUAUGGGUUUUGCUAAUAUAAAAACUGACUUGAAGUUUGCUUUGCUACCAUUAGUACUUUCAAUUGCGCCCACGACAGGUUCAUUGGGGGGCGGUACAUGGGUGGUGAUCUCUGGGACGGGAUUUAUAGAAGGAAGCAAGUGUGCAGAAAAUAUAGACGUUACAUUUGGGGGAUACCAAUGUGUGGUUAAAAACUGUACGUAUACGUCUAUCACCUGCAUAUCCCCGCCAUCGUCAAUAGCUAAAGACGUGAACGUGCUUGUAAAGAUUGCUCAAGGAAAUGUGAGGGUGCCUAGUAUUUGUGAAUCCUCCUGUAACUUUACAUACACCGAGAACGCGACGCCUACAAUAACGGGUGUUACACCACAAUCAGCAACAGGCGAGACGACAACCCUGACAAUUAACGGAACAAUGUUCGGGACGACGAGAAGCUCAGUAACGGUGUCACUGUCUAGUAAAGCCCUUGCUCAAAGCUAUGCAUGUAACCUGACGUCAGCACCGAUCGACACAGAAAUUCAGUGCUCCAUUGAGAAUCUUCCAGUUGGAAAUAAUAAUAUUGAAGUUCACAUUAUUGGAAAGGGCAUUGCGACUGGGAAUCUUUUAGUGACCAGUGUACCAACGAUAUCUAACAUCUCGCCCGACCUUGGAAGUGUACACGGAGGUACAUCAUUAACUGUCAGCGGAAACGGGUUUCUUUCGGACACGACAGUAAAACUGAAUAGUAAAUUAUGUGCAGUGUCUUUUGUCGACCUUUCCAAAGUUGUAUGUUCUACCCCAAGUAACGUCGAAGCUUCUGUUGCGGUAGUCGUUAAGUCAAAUUCGAAAGCCUACCCCCAGCAAAUAUUCUCCUACAACAUGAGCAUAACACCUAGCAUAGGUUCUAUAUCACCUACUUCCGGAACUCGUGGUACAACCAUAACAAUUACCGGCACCAAUUUUGAGUCUCAGAAUGAAAUGAAUCAUGUCUUCAUUGAAAACACGCCUUGCAAUGUGACAUCCUCAUCGCCAACUAAAAUAGAAUGCGUUGCCGCAAGUCAGACUGCAGGAACGCAUAAUUUGUUCGUUGAUGUAACAGGCAUUGGAAAAUCUAACAUGUAUGAUGGAUUUACAUUUGAAACGUCGGUGGUAGCCAUUUCUCCCACAUCAGGGAGUAUGGCUGGUCUACAGACGGUGACCAUAACCGGAACUGGGUUUGAGCAAAAUAUUAUCGCAAUGAUAUGUAACGAAAUCUGCAAGCCUACUGGAAAUGCCUCCACAACAACCCAAUACGUCUGUCUGACACCUGAAGUAGAAGGAAAUGUCGACAUUGUCUGUAAUGUGACCAUCAUCCAGACUUCUGUAACGAAGAGCCUAACCGAAGCGUUCACGUAUAGCUCUACCAUUACCCCGAGUAUCACGAGUGUUGCCCCAACACGUGGCGGUACAGCAGGAGGCACUGUAUUGACCAUCAGCGGAACUAACUUUGGUGUAAGACAGAGUCAACCGUGUCCGUCUGAAGUGAGUAUAGAUGGUUCGGAGUGUAAUAUCACUUCCUGGACAAACACGGUGAUCAAGUGUGUAACAGAAUCCCACCAAGGAUCGAUGAUGGCAUUAGUCCGUGUGGUACCAGGCUGUAACGGACAGGCGAAACAG